AUGGCUUCCCAAUGGGACUUUGAUGCCAAAUUGAAGGGAGCGCUACCUGCCGACUUCAACUUCGGCUAUGCCACCGCCGCUCCCCAGAUCGAGGGCGCUUGGGACCGAGACGGCAAGGGUAUUUCCAUCUGGGAUACCUUUGCCCAUACCCCUGGCAAAGUGGCUGACGGUAGCAGCGGUGAUGACGCCGUGAGGUCCUAUGAUUUGUACAAGCAGGACGUGGCACGAAUGAAGGAUUAUGGCGUUACGGCAUACCGGUUUUCGUUAUCAUGGAGUCGUAUUAUUCCCCUUGGUGGCAAGGACGAUCCCGUCAAUGACUCGGGAAUCGCCUACUACAACCGCCUAAUCGACGAACUUCUCGCCAAUGGCAUCACUCCUUUCGUCACGUUGUUCCACUGGGACACUCCCCAGGCACUCGAGGAUCGGUACGGCAGCUUUCUGAACAAGGAGAGGCUUACCCCUGAUUUCGUCCGUUACGCCCGCGUGUGCUUCGAAAGCUUCGGCGACCGUGUCAAGAACUGGAUCACAUUCAAUGAGCCCGGAGUGUUUAGUCUUGCCGGGUACGCCGCCGGAGUCCACGCCCCAGCACGGUCCAGCUUCCGAGAGCGAAACGAUGUGGGAGACUCGAGCACCGAGCCCUUUACCGUUGGGCACACCGAGUUAAUAGCCCAUGCUUACACUUGCGACAUGUACAAGAAGGAGUUCCAGCCGACGCAAAAGGGAAGCAUCAUGAUCACACUGCACGGGAAUUGGUCGGAGCCGUGGGACGAAGACGACCCCAAGGACGUCGAAGCCGCCCAGCGUGCCCGCGAGUUCGAGAUUGGUUGGUUCGGCGACCCAUUGUACUUGACCGGCGACUACCCGGCGUCAAUGCGAGCCCAGCUCGGCGAUCGUCUGCCUCGGUUCACUCCCGAGGAGAGCAAGCUCGUCCUCGGCAGCUCUGAGCGAUACGGCAUGAAUUCCUACUCGGCCUUCUAUAUACGACACAAGGACACCCCGCCAGAACUCACCGAUCACCUCGGCAACGUCGAAAAGCUUGACGUGAACUCGAAGGGCGUGAGUCGAGGUCCCAAGAGUGAUACAUACUGGCUGCGCACCACGCCUUGGGGCUGGGGGAAGACGUUACGCUGGGUCUGGAACCGCUACCAGACGCCCAUCUUUAUCACAGAGAACGGCACGACUGCGCAGGGGGAGAAUGACUGGAAACCCGCAGGCCCAGAUGACGUCUUGGAGGACCCCUUCCGUAUCGACUUCUACAAGGGAUACCUCACAGAGAUUGCGACGGCUACGCAGGAGGGUGCCAUCAUCAAGAGCUACUUUGGCUGGACGUUCACCGACAACUGGGAGUGGGCGGCAGGGUUCGAUGAUCGAUUCGGAGUUACAUGGGUUGACUUUAAGGACCCCGAGAGAAGGAGGUGGCCGAAACGGUCGGCAUAUUUUGUGAGGGACUACUUUCGACACCUUAUCAAGGAGGUUUAG